AUGGCGGACCAAGCAGCAAGUCCGGAACCAGACGAGUUUGGCGCUCUUCCAGGCGCCGUCUCUGACCUGCGCUCCAGGUUCGAACAGCUCUCCAAGUCCGAAAACAGCCGCCCUGCUUAUGGGCAGCGAUCUUGCUCCACCACCUCCUCCACCACCGCCCGCCAAAGGGAUCUAAGCGCUACACACACAUUCGGUCAGGCGGAGAAGAAGCUUGUCAUUGGUCAUAUCGCUCCUCAGAAGCCCAAAAAGUCUUCGCCGCCUUUGCAUUUUGCGGGCGAUGCUUCUACGUCGGCAUCCACGCCCACCACAACCACACUCUCUGCAAAGCAGUCGCAUCCAGGUCCAACAACAAUCAGUGCAGCCGACCUCUCUGCCCUAUCUGCGCAGCUUAGCCCCAACUCCUCCACUACCGAGCUCAGCAAGCUUGUGAGCAAAGACAAGUAUGCGUCCCAUUCGCGCCCAGUCUUGGGUUCCGCAAAGUCACACGCAGUCCCAAUGUCAAAAUUUGGCGAGCCCAGUCCUACCCUGCUGACGCCAAAGUCCUACAGCGUUCGCGAGACUGCUUCCAGUCUCCCCACGUCGGCGGUCGUAUCGGCUAACGCCUCAGCUUCUGCAUCUGAUACAGAAGGUCCGACCAAGGCCAAGCUGCCCCCUCCCCGCCCACCUAAACCCAGCUCGCACGCGCACGGCAUCCAGAUUCUGGACGACGCAGACCUCGAACGCCUCUCUUCAGGCUCGUCCACCCGUGUCUCGUCACUCGCCAGCAUGUUUGGCCAUCAUUCGCACCAGCAAAAGAGCGGCAGCACCAGCAACAGCAAAGGCGCCAGUGCCAGCUUGACACCAAAUCGCAUCUCUACCGGUGGCAACCAUUUUCUCAGAUACUCUCGCUCCAACGAGCAGUUGUCGCCAACAGUCGACACAGGUUCUGAGCCAUACAAUCCUUUCAAACAGCCUCCGCCAGUGGUCCCGCCGCGGCCUCUCAAGACAGACAGCUCUUCAGAGAGCCUAUCCAGGCUGCCUGGCUCAAUUGCUUCCAUCGUUCUCGAUUCGGGUGCCGGCUCGGCUCCUGACAUCCCUGCCGGGCAGAUCGACACUUCUUUCGUCUCUCCGUCGCCGCCAGAGGGUUCGUUGGCCCCGCCGCCUCCACUGCCAUCUAGAGCGGUUGAAUCCCUAGAUGUGGAUGCACCAUCGCGAAGAAGACUAAGCGCCUCCAAGAGCACCGGGCAACUUCCACUGCUGAGCAGCGUGCUUUCGGAAGCCGAGGCCGAGUUUCCUCCGCUGCCAGCUCGCAGGCCAGCAGGUGGCGAAGCUAAUGCAGCCCAGAAUGGAUCAGCCAUCAUGCCUCCGCCUCAGCGCAGCACACCUUCAGCAUCAUCCGCAGCUCCUUUCCACCGUUCGCAGACGGUCAUAGCAAGAUCCACACCAAUUCCAGUCUCUUCCAAGACUGCAAGGUCUCCGCGCCACGCCCACACUCUAUUCCCCAACGAAAUGGACGCAGCAUCGACACACCUUCCGCCUCCAAUUCGGAACGCGGGCGUCACACAGUCUGACUCCAUCGGCCGUAGCUUCGGCUCCAAGUUCAGAUCAAAUCGUCAGGGCUCGGAUAGUUCGGAGGGAGAAGAUGAGUCCGAGCUUGCCUCGUCUCUCUCCCCGUCGUCCUCUUUCAAGGCUCCCAGCGGGCUUCGUAGGAUGCAUGCCACUGCCGACAUGACCGCGAGCGGACUGCCGGACACCUCGCACGCCAAUCGCCGUGCACCCAAGUUCAACCCAGAUUGCUGCACGUACGCAAAACAGGGCUUCCAGUGCUUCGCUGUGUGUGGACACACAGUCGUUACGGGAAGCGGUGACAAGGUCAAAGUCUAUCGCGUAGGAGAGUCGGCCAGCGGCGUCGGAGAGAAGCUAUGCACUGUGGGCGAGCAUCUGUCCAAGGAGGUCAAGCUGACAGCACUUGAGUUUCGGCCGCCGGAUCACGGUCAGCCUCCUGUACCAGCCAUCGGCAGACGAUCGCAUUCAGAGACAGCGGAUGAGGGCAGAUACCUGUGGUGCGGAACCAAGGACGGUCAUAUUUGGGAGCUUGACGUGGCCGAGGCGCAGGUGGUCUACUCGCGGCAGAACGUUCAUUCGGACCCUAUCCAGCUGCUCAAGAGGGUCGGCGAUAAGAUGGUCUCUCUGGACGAGGGUGGCAAGAUCUCGCUGUGGCUUCCGAGUUCGGACCCAGAUCCAGCUGUAGCAGGGCUACGUCUGUCGAAUCCGCCCAUCACGCAGCGCAUCGCCAUGGAGAAGGGCUCGCAUGCUUGCGUCGUUGGCACGCAACUUUGGGUAUCGGCCGGCCCGUCAGCACAGAGGAACGCCAAGGAUUAUGCCGGCAGCAAAGGCCCUCGUAUCCGCAUCUACAACCCAUUUGCAGACGACAAGCCCUUCAACGCCACUUCCAAAGCCGUCAACAUACCACCCGACAUGGCUGAAGGGGUGGGCGUCGUCACUGGCGGUGCUGUCAUCCCUUCGCGCCCGAAUUUCGUCUACUUUGGCCAUGAUUCAGGACACGUCUCCAUCUGGUCGCGGCAGACGUACGAAUGUGUCGGCGUGCGCAGGCUCGGUCCACACGGUCUCACCGCUGUUGCAGGCGUCGUCAAAUAUCUGUGGGUCGCAACUCGAGCUGGCACCAUUUCGGUCUUCGAUACCGAGACCGCGCCCUGGCGCGCGCUCAAGGUGUGGACCGCACAUAAGGAGCCUGUCACGGCCAUCAAGGUCGACGAGCACGGGAUCGAGAAGGCUGGGCGACUCCAGGUGGCUUCUGGUGGGCUCGAUGCAGCGGUGCAUCUGUGGGAUGGAACGCUCUCGUACGACUGGAUUGAAGCAGAGAAGGGGCUACGCGAGGCCGAGUUCUGCACAUAUCGAAGCAUCAAGACGCUGCAUGUGACGUUCAACAUGGAUGCUGCGUCGCCGAGCGAUCUCGAGACGUCGGCGGAGAACAUGGAGGUGUUUGGAUCGAUGCUGCGCAACGCUUGUCAGGUGGGAUCGGACAGUCUGGCUGCGGAUCGACCGCCGGAUAUCAUCGUAUUUGGAUUCCAGGAGCUGAUAGAUCUGGAGAGCAAGAAGCUUACCGCCAAGAGCCUGCUGUUGGGCGGGGGUAAGAAGAAGGCCAACGAUCUGGGCGAUCGGGUGUCGAGGCAGUACAGGGCUUGGUACGAUAAGCUGAUCCAGAUUGUUCGGUAUGCCAUGCCCGCGACGUGCGGCUACCUGCUCGUGCAGUCCGAGUCGCUGGUGGGUCUAUUUACAUGCGUCUUUGUCAAGCAGACCGAGUUCAAAAACGUUCGCGAGCUGGCGAUCAGCACGGCCAAGACGGGCAUGGGCGGCCGAUACGGCAACAAGGGCGCCGUCAUCGCACGGCUGGUGAUGCAGGAUACAAGCUUCGCCUUUGUCAAUUCGCACCUUGCCGCAGGGCAGAAGCACGUAAAGCAGCGCAAUGCGGAUGUUGCCGACAUCUUGGAGUACCCGGCCGUGUUCGACGAUCCACACGCGGACCCGGCAGCCUACAUCGGCGGUGGGGAUGGAAGCAUGAUCCUCGAUCACGAACUGUGUAUCUUCUCGGGCGAUCUCAACUACCGUAUCGACCAUUCGCGCGACACUGUGCUCUCGGCCAUCAGCGCGCGCAAGAUCGCCCCUUUACUGGAGCAAGACCAACUGCGCAAGGAGCUCAAGUACAACCCGGCGUUUCGACUCAAAGACUUCAGCGAAGCACCCAUCUCGUUCCUGCCGACCUACAAGUACGACCGCGGCACGCAUGACUGGGACUCGUCCGAAAAGAACAGGAUCCCCGCCUGGUGCGACCGCGUGCUGUUCAAGAGCCACAACCCGGACCGGAUCCGCUGUCUCGAGUACAGGAGGUGGGAGUGCACGAUCAGCGACCAUAGGCCUGUUACGGCGAUCUUUGAGGCCAAAGUCAAGGCAGCCGAUCAUAGGAGGAGGCAGAGUGUGGAGGAUGAGGUGAAGCUCAAGUGGCGCGAGUUGGAGAGGAGGUUGUUGGAUACCGCGAUUGCUGCGUAUGCUGAUCCGAAGUAG